GGGGAGGGGGGGGGGAUGCUGUGGAAGGCAGGGAGGGGGGGGCUUGUGCUCCGCGCCUGCGCAGACAGAGAGAGAGAGGGAGGGGGCCUCGGCCGGCAAAGGCGGAGAAAGAGAGAGAGAGAAGGAAGGAAGGAAGGAGAGAAAGGCCGAAGCGGAGGAAGGAAGGAAGGACGGAAAGAACGAAGGAAGGUCUCCCUUUGGGGCGGCCCCAUGGCGUCCCGCAUCCUGCACCGCCUGAGGCACGCCCUGACCGGGGAGGGCCAGGACGGGGGGGCCCUGGCCGGCUGCGGCUCGGAGGCCGAGGACUUUCCGGAGAGUUCUGAGCUGGAGGACGACCUGGAGGGCCUCUCCACCCGCCUCAGCGGGACCCUCAGCUUCACCAGCAACGAGGAGGAGGAGGAGGAAGAGGAAGAUGGAGAAGAAGAUGAGGAGGAGGAAGAGGACGGAGACGAGGAGGAGGACGGCGGAGGCCCCGUUGCGGCCAGGAAGGGCCCUGAGCGCCUGGGAGCCCCGGAGGACGGAGAGAGCAGUCCCCACUCGCCAUCCUCGUCCUCGGAGCGCCGGGGCAGCAACCUGCUCACCCGGCAGCUGCAGGAGCUCUGGCGCCGCUCACGGGGAAGCUUCGUGCCCCAGCGCCUCCUCUUCGAGGUCACCAGCGCCAACGUGGUCGGCGAGCGCAGCUCCAAGUAUGUGCUCUACACCAUCUACCUGAUCCGGACGGGGGAGUUCGACAAGGCCCCCGCCACCAUCGCCCGGCGCUACUCGGACUUUGAGCGGCUGAACCGCCGCUUGCACCGGCGCUUCGGGGCCGACCUGACGGGCGUCUCCUUCCCGCGAAAGCGGCUGCGGCGCAACUUUGCGGCUGAGACCAUCGCCAAGCGGAGCCGGGCCUUUGAAGCAUUCCUCUCGCACCUGCACUCCUUGCCGGAGGUCCGGCGCUCGGCCGAGUUCCUGGAGUUCUUCUUCCUGGAGGACCUGCGCGAGGCCCAGCGCUUGACCUGCGGGGGUCUCUACCGGGAGGCCCUGGCGGCCUGGAGCAACGCCCGGCGGCUGCAGGAGAAACUGGGCGCCGAGCGCUCGGGCCACUUCCUGGUCACCCUGGCCGGCCUGGCUGUCUGCCAGCAGGAACUGGAGCGGCUCCAGGAGGCCCUGGCCGCGUGCGAGGAGGCCUUGCGGCUGCUGGAGGCCCAAGACAGCCACCCGCUGCUGGGCCCCUUCCUGCAGGCACACGUCCGCCUGGCCUGGGCCCUGGGCAGGGACAAGCGGGGGGCCGAGGCCCGGCUGCAGGCCCUGCAGGAACGCGGGCCGUCCCCCCCGCCCUCCCUGAAGGAGAUGCUCAUCAAGCAGCCCCUGCCCUGAGGAGGAGGAGGAGGAGGAGGAGGAGAGAGGGAGGCAGGACACCCCCGGGCAGAGAGCGGUCAGUGGAGAGAGUGAGAAGGCAUCGGGGAGACCCCCAGCAGCAGAGGCCAGGGUCCGGCUACAGGAAUCCCCCCCUUCGUUCUCUUUUGAGGAGGAAUUGUCAUACAGCUUGAAGAUUGGGGACGGGAAAAGGGGAUGGCCGUGUUCUUAGAACCCUAGAGUUAGAAACGGCCCCAGAGGCAGGCCAUCGGGUCCAGCCGCAUCCUGCCAGGCAGGAAGGCACAUUCCAGGCGGUCCAGGUUCUUAAUGAGACAUUUCGCCACCAGCUUCUCAGACGGAUGGCAGAGGACAGGAAGGUCUUGUGUUUGUGGAGGGAGCGCACCGGAAAGACGGCACCAGACAAUGCGCCCAGGAACAGCAAUGGGGUGAGAGCAGGCUGGAGGGGAUGUGGCACCAUGACUUACUUCCUUUCCUAAUAACCUACAUAUACUAUGUUUUAUAUUUAUUUUCCCUCAAGAUGACACACUAUGGCCUAUUUUCGGGGAAUGCCUUAUUUGUAUUAAGUAUGGUACAACAAUCAGCGUUGAUGGGGUGAUCUCUCUGGGCUCAGUAGCAGACUACAUGCUGGACCUUUCCCCCCACCUAUCCCCUGGUGUUUGUGUGGGGUGAGAGAGAGACCCACAAGACUGUUGCUGGUUGGUGCUGGGGGAGAGAGACCUGAGAAAAAGGGCAGCCAUGGCUUUGCUUCUUCCCCCGAGGAUACACAACACUAGAGCAUCCUGCUCCUCACUACACUGAGACUUUUACUUUGUGUCUCCCUCUGCCUCAGCUUGCAGCACACACACAACAACUGGGACCUGACAGGGGUCUGCACAGCCACAUCUUAUUUUCGGGGUAUGGCUUAGAAAUCCUGCUAUGGCUUAUUUUAUGUGUAUGUCUUAUUUUCAGGGAAACGGUAGAAUCCUAGAGUUAGACAACACCCCAGAGGUCAACAGAUCCAGGCUUAAUCUGCCAGGCAGGAAGGCACAUACAGGCUGUCCAGACAGGCGGCCGUCCAGAUUCUUAAUGGCUCAAGACAGAUGGCAAAGGACACAAAGGUCUUGUCUUUGUGGAGGGAGCACACUGAAUGCCAGGUGGGAAAGGCAAUGGGGUGAGAGCAGGCUGGAGGGGGAUGUGGCAACAUGACAUACUUCCUUUCCUAAUAACCUACAUAUCUAUCUAUCUAUCUAUCUAUCUAUCUAUCUAUCUAUCUAUCUAUCUAUAUAAAAGGGUAAUGAAAUUUCGGCUUAGGACAAAACAACAAAACUACACAUCCCAGAAACACUAAACUUGGCAGCACAACCCCUCAUCCAUGCCUCUACGUUCAUACAACAAAAAGAAAAGAAAAAUAAAGUCCUCAUUAGAGGGAGAGGAAUAAUUGUUUUUAGCCAAUUGCUGCCAGUUAGAAGGCUAAGCUCCGCCCACUUGGUCUCCUAGCAACCCACUCACCGCAGGGGACAGACAGAGUUAGGCCUCACUUAGGCCUCUUCCACACUGCCUAUAAGAUACAGAUUAUCUGAUUUUAACUGUAUUAUAUGGCAAUGUAGACGCAAGGCCCUUUCACACAGCUAUAUAACCCAUUAAUAAUCUUCUUUUAUCUGCUUUGAACUGGAUUAUCUUGACUAUUUCCCAUACCACCACACUUCGCCACAGCAACGCAUGGCCAGGCACAGCUAGUCUAUAUAUAUAAAAGGGUAAUGAAAUUUCGGCCUAGGACAAAACAACAAAACUACACAUCCCAGAAACACUACACUUGGCAGCACAACCCCUCAUCCAUGCCUCUACGUUCAGACAACAAACAGCUCCAGCUACUCCAGAAAACGGCCAGGCUUUGAGACUGCAAGGCUAUUCACUGCUAUUCCACCUGGCCAACAAAGGAUUCCUAUAAGCCACUGCAACACGUGGCCGGGCAAAGCUAGUAUGUGUGUGUGUGUGUGUGUAUAUAUAUACACACACACACACACACACACUCAAUCCCCUGCACCCCCAAGAGACUGGAGCCGUGCAGGGAGUCUUGGUCACUUUAUUGGCAUCCAAGAGGCCAGUCUGUAAUGAAGUAAUACGCCCAAUAAAAACCACCCAGUUGGUCCUUUUUA